GGUUGUAAGCCAUGGCCAUCCAUAGGUAAAAUUCAAUUAAAAUAUUCCAUAAUUUACGCAAAAAGCAAGCAAUGCUUUUAUUGCCUAAUGGGAGGUAAUGAUGGCCUUUUUAGAAGGGAUGAAAUUCCUUCAUAGAGAGAGAGGGAGAGAGAGAGAGAGAGAGAGGGGAAAAGAUAUGGAAAUUGAGGUUGUAUUGCAGUAGUUGAGAUUCUGAGUUGAUUCAAAGAAAGCAAAGGGAAAGUUGGGUAAAGAAAUAAUUUAUUGAUCCACUUUUUCGAUAUCUGUUGAGGCUUUUAUUUGUCCGUUCCCAGUUUAUAUUUGGAUUCUCAGACUCUCUCUUCCUCGAGAAACACUGUGCCAGAAAGAGAGAGAGGCAAAAACAUCUCUCUUUUUUUAGCUUCGUUCAACUGAAUAGUUAAUGUCACCCACCACUAAAGACUCCCUCCCCUGUACUCUGUACUCAUGGAUCUAGCUUUAACUCUCCAUAAAAGUGUCUAACCAGGAGCACAUUUUCUUUACGAGAAAAAUGGCAGCUGAGAAGCCCAGCUCCAAGGGGCAAGCCUGGUUUUGCACUACUGGGUUGCCAAGUGACAUUGUAAUAGAGGUGGAAGAUAUGACCUUUCAUCUCCACAAGUUUCCUUUGAUGUCAAAAAGUCGAAAGCUUCACCAACUAAUAACCGAGCAAGAGACAAACCAAACAUCCGUAGUAGAAAGAGAAGGAGAAGAGCAAGAACCUGGAGGGCAUGAAAUCGAGGAAGUUCACUGUCAGAUUUCUCUCUCGGAUUUCCCGGGCGGCUCCGAGACUUUCGAGAUGGCCGUGAAGUUUUGCUACGGUGUCAAGUUCGACCUUACCUCUACCACCGUCGCCCCGCUUCGCUGCGCCGGAGAAUUUCUUGAGAUGACGGAAGAGUAUGCCGAAGAUAAUGUAAUUUCCAAGACAGAGCGGUUUCUCUGUCAAUCUGUGCUCAAGAGUCUCAAGGAGUCUAUAAAAGCAUUAAAAUCAUGCGAGAAAGUGAUGCCUCUUGCAGAGAGCUUAGGCAUUGCGCAGCGAUGCAUAGAUUCCAUUGCUUCCAGAGCCUCCUCCGCCGACCCGACUCUUUUUGGGUGGCCGGUUAGCGACGGAGCUAAUGAGAAUAGAGCCACAUCCAAUCAGGCCUUAUGGAAUGGGAUUGAAUCAGCGGUGCGUAGAAAAGGAGCCGCCUCUGCGGCCACCGAUGCCCCCCCUGUCGGUAGAGGUACUAAUGCGGAUUCAUGGUUUGAACAUUUGGCGCUUUUGAGCUUGCCUUUGUUUCAGCGAUUAAUUCUUGCCAUGAGAGCGAGAGAUCUGAGUGCAGAUAUUAUAGAGAGCUGCUUAAUGUACUAUGCCAAGAAGUACAUUCCAGGCAUUUCGAGAUUGAACCGAAAGCCAUCAUCGUCUUCCUCUAUAACCUCAGAGAGCGAACAGAGAGAGGUAUUGGAGACUAUAAUUUCCAAUCUUCCACUGGAGAAAGGCUCCAGAUCAUCAACGGCAACAAGGUUUCUGUUCGGUUUAUUAAGAACAGCAAACAUUUUAAACGCAUCCGAAUCUUGUCGCUCCGCGUUGGAGAAGAAGAUUGGGUCGCAGCUGGAGCAAGCUACACUUGAUGAUCUACUGAUUCCUAGCUAUUCAUAUCUUAACGAGACUUUAUAUGAUGUUGAUUGCGUGGAGAGAAUCCUAAGCUACUUCUUGGAUGGACUUGAAGAAAGAAAUGCAACUGGAAUUGAAGCGGAGAAGGAUGGUGAUCGCAAUGUGAGAUCGCCAGCUAUCAUGCUUGUCGGAAAAUUAAUCGACGGUUAUCUGGCUGAGAUUGCCUCCGAUGCGAAUCUGAAACCUGAUAGAUUCUACAAUCUGGCAAUCUCUUUACCUGAGCAAGCUAGGCUUUUCGACGACGGUCUCUACAGAGCCGUCGACGUCUAUCUGAAGGCAUUUUAAGUGUCUCUAUAUUGAAGGCGCAUCCAUGGAUAUCAGAGGCAGAGAGGGAGAAGAUUUGUGGAGUGAUGGACUGUCAAAAGCUAACUUUAGAAGCGUGCACGCACGCGGCACAGAAUGAGCGGCUUCCGCUGCGGGCGGUGGUUCAAGUUUUGUUUUUCGAGCAGUUACAACUCCGCCAUGCUAUAGCCGGGACAUUGAUUGCGGCAGAUGCGGCGCCGCAGGAUUUUGCUAGGCCAUCGAUGCUAGGACGGGAACAAGAAGGAGUAGAAGAGGGAGCAGUCUCGGCUGCUGCUACGGCGGUGGCGGAGGAGGCACAGGACAGCAGCAAUACGUGGAAGGCAGCAGUGAGGGAGAAUCAAGUGCUGCGACUAGACAUGGAUAGCAUGAGGACGCGGGUGCGUCAGCUGGAAAGAGAAUGUUCCACAAUGAAGAAAGCGAUCGAAAAAAUUGAUAAAGUGGGCCCACGUGGAUGGAGGAGGUUCGGGUGCAAGUUCAAGACUCAAGUGUGUGAUUCACAUGAGCAGACGGUGGUAAACGCAAGGAAGGGACGGCACCAUCAUCACCAACAAUAGGCCUUCUUGUACGUGAACAUCGAACACGACAUGUCGUUAAUUGUUUUAUUGUCUGGUGUGAGUUGACCGAUUUACACUGUGUAGACAAGUGUCUAUGCCUAAUAAGUUGUAGAUGUAAUUUACUGCCACGUUCUCAUGGUCUUAAAAAGGUCUAAAAAAUAAAAAUAAAAAUAAAAAUUAUUAUUGCUUGAUUGGCCAAA